ACAAUGGACUCUCCCAGCGUUAGGCCUCUGCAGUAGGGAGUUGUUUGGUGGAGCCCGCAAGUUUCUCCUUACUUUAGACUUGAUAUUUGACUACUGUUUUCGGAAUUAAUACGGAUUUUUAGCCGUUUACAGUACAGUUGUUCGCUGCUGGUUGCCCCGCCACAGUGUUUGGGGUGUGCUGAACGAGUGGCUGCCUGGGGACGGAAGGCAGGAGGAAGCGUCGGUGAGUCGGGCUGACCACGGCGGAGCUGAUGAUGCCGACGCUGCGGGAAAGCACCAUGUCCCACCCCGGAGAGCAUUCCCACCAGGUCCGGGUGAAAGCUUACUACAAAGGCGAUAUCAUGAUCACGCAUUUUGAACCCUCCAUUUCAUACGAGGGCCUGUACGGAGAGGUCCGAGACAUGUGCUCGAUGGACAACGACCAGCUCUUCACAAUGAAGUGGAUCGACGAGGAAGGUGACCCCUGCACGGUGUCGUCUCAGCUGGAGCUGGAAGAAGCGCUGCGCCUGUACGAACUCAACAAAGACUCUGAGCUCAUUAUUCACGUGUUCCCGUGUGUGCCGGAGAAACCUGGAAUGCCCUGUCCAGGAGAAGACAAAUCCAUAUAUCGACGGGGAGCUCGGCGCUGGAGGAAGCUCUACUAUGCCAGUGGACACGCCUUCCAGGCCAAGCGCUUUAACAGGAGAGCCCACUGUGCCAUCUGCACGGAUCGAAUCUGGGGUUUGGGGAGACAAGGCUACAAAUGCAUCAACUGCAAACUGUUGGUGCACAAGAAGUGCCAUAAGCUGGUCACCGUGGAGUGUGGCAGACCGAUGAUUCAGGAACCUCUCAUGCCUGGACAAGCAUCAAACCAGAUAGAUCCGGCAGAACAGCCAGGCCCCCAGAAUAAAGAUUCCAGAGAAAGCUUGACUUACGACGGGGAAGAGAAAGAGGCGAGAAGCAGUCGAGACACGGGGAAAUCGCCUUCCAGUCUGGGCCUGGCCGACUUCGAUCUGCUGCGAGUGAUCGGCCGGGGGAGCUACGCCAAAGUGCUGCUGGUGCAACUGAAGAAAACGGAACGCAUAUACGCCAUGAAGGUCGUGAAGAAGGAGCUGGUCAAUGAUGAUGAGGACAUUGACUGGGUUCAAACAGAAAAACACGUUUUUGAGCAGGCCUCUAAUCAUCCCUUCCUGGUCGGACUCCACUCGUGUUUCCAGACGGAAAGUCGACUCUUCUUUGUUAUUGAAUAUGUGAACGGCGGCGAUCUCAUGUUCCACAUGCAGAGACAAAGGAAGCUCCCUGAAGAGCACGCGAGAUUCUACUCAGCGGAGAUCAGUCUAGCUCUCAACUACCUGCACGAGCGAGGAAUCAUCUACAGAGAUCUGAAACUGGACAAUGUCCUGCUCGACUCGGAGGGACACAUCAAACUCACAGACUACGGCAUGUGCAAGGAGGGCUUGAGACCUGGAGAUACCACAAGCACCUUCUGCGGUACUCCCAAUUACAUCGCCCCAGAAAUCCUCCGAGGGGAGGACUACGGCUUCAGCGUGGACUGGUGGGCGCUGGGCGUGCUGAUGUUCGAGAUGAUGGCUGGACGGUCGCCCUUCGACAUCGUGGGAAGCUCCGACAAUCCCGACCAGAACACAGAAGACUACCUCUUCCAAGUUAUAUUGGAAAAACAGAUUCGCAUCCCUCGCUCCCUGUCAGUCAAAGCAGCCAGUGUCCUCAAGGGAUUCCUCUACAAGGACCCGAAGGAGCGCCUGGGCUGCCACCCUCAGACGGGUUUCGCUGACAUCAUGGGUCAUCCCUUCUUCCGAAACGUCGACUGGGACCUUCUGGAGCAGAAGCAGGUGGUUCCACCGUUCAAGCCCAACAUCUCAGGAGAAUUUGGACUCGAUAACUUCGACGCCCAGUUCACCAACGAACCCAUCCAGCUCACGCCGGACGAUGACGACGUCGUCAAGAAGAUCGACCAGUCGGAGUUCGAAGGCUUCGAGUACAUCAACCCCCUCCUGAUGUCUGCGGAGGAGUGUGUGUGAGAGAGACGGCAGCCCGGUGCUCACACACACACACUCACACUCACACACACACACACACACACGCACACGUCAUGUGCGUCUCAGUGUCUUUGAGCUGCAGUGUUGGAAGACAAACCUUCUGACAAGUCUCACUUCCACGAUCGAGCGCUUCUUUGCCAAAUCCAGUCUCACACUCUGCCAUUUAUAACCACUUGCCCUUAAGUCCACAGUUUUUGUUUCUGAAUUAUUUUUAUACCAUGUAAAUCUGCACUGAUGUCAUGCCCUGCCGCGGCCUGUUGUCGACGGGGCGAGCCAGAUCUUCCGAAACGCUUUAGGGGACAGAGACGCUCCUAUCAGGUGGCGCCGUGCUUCCACGCCAUCUUUUAACUGGAAUUGUAAAAUAUGAGAUUGAGAUGUUAGACGAUGCCUUCCAGCUUCGAGCAACACUUUUUCUAAGUCACUCACCGCUCCUGUAGAAGAACCCUGACACGUCCCUUUAAACAAAUAUAUAUAUAGAUAUAUUUUCUCUCUUUUUUUAAUUUAACAACGUAGCUGCCAACAAACCUGUCGUCCAGAAUAAAGUAGAAAAAAAAAAUCCCGGAUCGUGAUGAUCGCGUCUCUUCUCCCGGAAUGAAGGAACUCAAUCGGCAGCGUCCAACUCACACAAGGAAAAACUGUGAAUGAAGCUGAAAGCUGGAGCUCAGUCCUGCAAGAAAACACACAUCCAGAGGACCAAAAAAAAGAAAAAGAGCUGGUACGUUCGAGUGGCUGCAGCGCCCGCCGUGUGCUGCUCUCCGUCAUAGAAAUGAUCUAUAUAUUACGUUUUGUUUGUUCUUUUUUUAUACUAUGCCUUUCUUUGGGUUUUUGUACUUUUUCAUUCCAUUGUAAAUCUGAUUACUGUACGAGUUCUUCAGCAGCCGCUCCGGGCGUCUGAACACUACGAGCAAAGUGAGAGGACAGAAGCACAUUUACCUGUUACUUCGACUUUGUUACGACUCUUGUGAUCCCGAUCGAUGUUUUCUAUCAUGCAACUGUUACGGGCGGAAACUCGCCGUCGCGAGUGGCCAACACCCGACUGCUGACCUUGUUAUUGUUAGUGUGCAAAGAAAAAAACAAAUAGUAAAAUAAACAUUUUAUUUCUUC